AUGGCGGCGCAGACAGUCUCAAUAUGUAAAUUCGUCGGAACAAUCACCCUGGGAAUCGCAACAGGCGUCUCAGCAACUGUCUCCACAGUCGCCCUCCCCGCUCUCCUCGCUCUCCCUACCGCCAUUGAUGCUCGAACAUCCCUAAACUACCUCUCCAACAAAUCCACGAACCUCUCUUCAUACCUCCGCCACAUCACAACCUUUACUCUCUUUUCCGCCUAUUGUCUAUCACCAAGACGGUUCCGCCAUCCUUACCUACUCUACACGUCCAUCUUCUCAUUCGUCUCGGGACCCGGUGUCGACUAUGCCGUUAGCUUGACGGCAGGCGGUGACGAGAAGCGUCAAGUAAUGGAGUUGGAGGCCCAAGGUGAUGAGGUCAAUGGUGAGCAGGUCCGGUUGGCGGUCGAGAGGAAGCAGAAGGUUGAGUGGGUCAAGACUGGGCUGGCUGGUGUGGCUUUUGCCAUGCAGGUCGUUGGACUGUGGGGUGACGGCGCGUAG